UUCAACAGCUACGUGUAUAAAAGGAGAGUAUGAGGAGUGUGUGAAACACACACCUGUUGCGUGUGAAAAUAGAAGUACAAUAUGGAAGUCAUGAAGCAUACUAUGCUGUGUUUUUUUAUGCUUCUUCUUGAUUUUGUCCUUUCUCAGGAACAUGGCAUUUUGACUCAGGUUCCAGGCGAUCAUGAACAAUUGUUGUCUCCAGAACUAGUACAAGCUCUUUCUGGAGAUGCAGAGCCUGACUGUGGAAGUUAUGAAGAAAAGGGUUGUACCAAGGAGUAUGAUCCAGUUUGUGGAAGUGAUGGAAAAACAUAUGGAACAGAAUGUGUUCUCUGCCAGGAGAACAAUCAGAAGAAGUCAAAUGUUAAAGUGGUUGGCAAAGGACCAUGCCCUCAAUAAGUCAGCAAAGACAGACGGAGAAAAAUUACCUUUACCAGCAAUGGACUGACUCUCUGUAUUUGGCCUUCUCAAUAAAAUUACAUCAUGCAGCA